ACCAAAAACAUAAAAAAAUAAAAAAAAACAAAGAAAGUAAAAUAAAUAAAAAAGUCAUGUAGCUGGAAAAGUUGCAGAGGCCAGGCAAAAAGGAUACAUUAUAUAAGACAAAGCAAUGUCCCUGCGUGCACUCAGAAAACGAGAAUCGGGUAACUGUGGCAGCAACAACUACACCAACAACAACAACAAUAGCACGGGGAGAACGCUCUUUAAGAAGGCCAGCACAGCAACAACGUCACCGAAUCAGCAGCGUCCAUUAGCGGUUAAAUCGUCAAGUUGCAGCAGAAAUUUAGAUACUCAAAAACUAAUCCAUCAGCGUAAGCUGCUGGGCCGCGCCACCCAGUCGUGUCCUGACCUAAGGCACUGCGCCAAGUAUUCUGGCAACAGCAGCCUGUUGCGCAGCAAGUCGGAGAGUGAUGUGGGCACAGUAGCCUUGGCUGGCAACUCUGGUGUUCCUCUGACGGCGGCCAACGCAAAGUCAGAAGUGUGUCUGCAGAGAAUCAGUUCGCACAGCUACGAGCCGCAGCAGCGGUCUGCAAAUAGGACCACAAUGAUGGGCGGUGCGCGUUCCCAUAGGGACCUCACACAGACUUCUUACGGCAGCAGCGUGGGGGGUCAUGGCAGCGACUUGGAGUCGGGUAGAGCCCCGCGACGCAUGAGCGAGUGCAGCCUGGGUUACAGCCAGACCAGUGGCGGUGGCUACCCGCGACGCAACGGCUCCAUGUUUGCCAGCCAAAUGACUUUGUCUUCCAGCUCGGCGGCACCUGUUGAUCCCAAUGCAGUUCUGCGCGUGCCAAUAAUUGGCUACGAGGUGAUGGAGGAGCGUGCCCGUUUCACUGUCUACAAACUGCGCGUAGAGAACCCGGAAUCGAAUGACUGCUGGCUGGUUAUGCGCCGCUACACGGACUUUGUCCGGCUGAAUGGCAAGCUAAAGCAGGCGUACCCCAAUGUAUCGCUGAUGCUGCCGCGCAAAAAGCUCUUCGGGGACAAUUUCAAUGCCGUCUUCCUGGACAAUCGAGUGCAGGGACUCCAAAUAUUUGUCAACUCCGUGAUGGCCAAGGAGGAGUUGCGCAGGUGCAAACUGGUGCGAGAGUUCUUCUGCCUGGACGAGCCGCCCUCGUAUUCGGAAUCCAUGGAGGAGUGUCGGGCAAUAUUCGAGGCGCAGGAGGAGACCAUCACUCACCUUAAAAUGCAGAUACAGAAUAAAAACGAUCUCAUACUCAGUUUGCAGCAGAAGCUCCGGGAGGAGAUGAGCGAGAAGGAGCAGCUCAGGGAGGCAUUAAAAAACGUUAACCUGAACUGCUCACAUUGCUCCUCGGCCAACGACAGUCUGGCCUUGAAAUAGGCCAGCGAAAGCGUUGACUAACCCAGUUCAAGGUGCGCGUGGGUACAAUAUUAUGCUGAGCAUAAAUCUGCCCACCCUCGCGCACCACUCUUUGUGGAACACAUAUCCAUAUCCAAAACCAAGUGCAUAUCGAGGCGCUAUAAGGCUCACAUCUAGUUGUAGGUGCUGUUUAUGGGCAAUUAAUAAUUACUGAUGGUAUAUCUUAUUGUAUAUUUACGCUCACAUCAAAAGAAUAUAUAUCUAAGGCACAAUUUACUCAACU